ACAGCCAGGAAAAGGACAAAACUAUGUAUUGCUACUGAAGCCAGGCGAGUGUAGUAUUUAUUACUGGCCUGUGAACUCAAGGCUAGACAGUCAGAAUACUUGUGCAUAAUUAAUGUAUAUUUAAUGUACAGUCUACUUAAAGAAAUAUUCUUACCAAAUGAAAGUCAGCAGCUCCACGUAUUAAGCUGGAGAUGACUGCACAGGUGGAAGAGCGAGCAGCAGCACUGUGUGUGAGCAGACUUUCUGUCUGACUUUUAAAACACAGUGAGCUAGGCAGGCAAAAAGUUUAACAUUUCCAGGACCUGCUUUUUAUACCCAUUUGAACCCUGUGGUCACUUCUGAGUGGUUACACUUAGUGUUGUGUGAGCAGAAUUUGAAUGUGAUUUUCAAAUUCAUGGUGAGAAUUUUCUGGUUCCCUAUAAUCCGAGGUGAAGGCACUCACCCUGGCUCUCAGCCACAGUUUAAUCCAUUGUAAGGAUUAUUAUAUAUAUGCCCUGCAUCACUUACAACCAAAACAAUAUUCCAAUGGCUAUGUAGAAAUCAUGUAUUCCUUUGCAAUCUUUUGUAAAUGAGGCCAUAAAAAAGGAGUUGCCAUGUCAUUAAAAGUGUAUAAACUGUACACACACAUUUUAUGUGAUUAUCAAUGUAAGGGGGGUCUUUUUCCAAAAAUUGUUUCCAUAUGGCCUUUUAGAAGUAAAUCUUAUACUAACUGUUUUUUUGAAGUGUGUAUUUACUGAAUUACAAUAUAAUCGACUUCUGCUUGUUUCUAUAUACUUCAUGGUAUUAAAAUACUUAAGAUUUUAUGUGUAAUACUUAAAUAAAAAGAUACAAUUUCCUUUUCUACAAAACAAAAUUGAAUUCUAUGUUCUUAUGUGAUAUUGUCAUAAUUUUUAUACUUCCAUUCUGAACCAGGAAUAUCCUGCCACAUGCUGAGAUUAUUCCUGGUUUCCUUCUAUAUCCACUGGGAACUUAGACCUCUGUAUCUGAGACAGGAGAAGCCACCCAGUGUGACACAUAUGCUGAGCAGAGCUCCUGAACGAGUCAACAGCCCUUGACAGAGUCAGUUCUACCCAGCUGGACAAAUCCAGCCUCACCACAAAGGUCUUCUAACCAUACUCAGCCACUGCUAUUUUGUUUCCAAUUGUUUUUAUCAACUAUCAAUGUUUUUGAGCUCUAAUCACUGCAUUUGUUUCAAACUUGAAAUCAACCUUUUAUUCACUUACCCCAUAUAUCUGGUCUUUUUUGUUCCAGAAGACACUUGCAGAAGUAGCCAAGUGAUGUGAAGUUAUCUUCCAAGAUGACUGUUCUACCUGGAGAAAAUUCCGACUAUGACUAUAGUGCCCUGAGCUGCACCUCAGAUACUUCCUUCCACCACACAUUCUUUCCAGAAACAGAAACACUUAAGGGAGUCUUUUACCAAAGAGCCAAGCUAAUUCACCCUCAAGAGGAUCUCCUGAAAGGCUUUCACCCUGAUGAUCGGAAGCAUCAUAUUAUUAUAAACGUAGGGGGCAUUAAGUAUUUGCUCCCUUGGACCACGCUUGAUGAAUUCCCAUUGACACGUCUGGGACAACUGAAGUUCUGUACUAAUUUUGAUGACAUUCUAAACAUCUGUGAUGAUUACGAUGUGACAUGUAAUGAAUUCUUUUUCGACCGCAACCCAGGGGCAUUCAGGACAAUCCUGACCUUUUUGCGGGUCGGAAAACUUCGUCUCUUGCGUGAGAUGUGUGCACUGUCUUUCCAAGAGGAGCUGCUCUACUGGGGAAUUGAGGAAGACAACUUGGACUGGUGUUGUAAGAGGAGAUACCUGCAAAAAAUGGAGGAGCUUACAGAAAUAAAUGAACGGGAGGAUGACCUCAUAGAAAAUGAAACAGGUGAAACAGUAGAGGAGACAAGAAUUGGCUUGUGCAUGAAAAAGCUGCAAGACAUGGUGGAAAGACCCCAGUCUGGCCUCCCUGGAAAGGUGUUUGCUUGUUUGUCUGUUUUAUUUGUAACUAUCACAGCAGUGAACUUAUCCAUCAGCACCAUGCCUGACCUGAGGGAGGAGGAGGAAAAGGGUGAGUGUUCCCAGAUGUGCUACAAUAUUUUCAUUGUGGAGUCUGUGUGUGUGGCAUGGUUUUCCCUGGAGUUCCUGCUAAGAUUCAUCCAGGCAAAGAGCAAGUUUGCAUUUCUGCGGAGACCAUUAACCCUGAUCGACAUAAUAGCCAUUCUGCCAUACUACAUCACUUUGCUAGUAGACACCACGUCAGUGGGCUAUAAAAAGCCCAGCUCUGGGAGCAUCUACCUGGACAAAGUAGGUCUGGUCCUCCGUAUUCUCCGUGCCUUGAGGAUUCUGUACGUCAUGCGGCUGGCCAGGCACUCCCUGGGGCUGCAGACACUGGGGCUGACAGCUCGCAGGUGUACCCGUGAAUUCGGGCUCUUGCUGCUCUUCCUCUGUGUGGCCAUUGCACUGUUUGCACCACUCCUCUAUGUCAUUGAGAAUGAGAUGGCGAACUCGCAGGAGUUUACCAGCAUCCCCGCGUGCUACUGGUGGGCUGUCAUCACCAUGACCACGGUAGGCUAUGGAGAUAUGGUUCCCAGAAGCAUUCCUGGCCAAGUGGUGGCCCUCAGCAGCAUACUGAGUGGCAUCCUCCUCAUGGCAUUUCCAGUCACCUCCAUCUUCCACACGUUUUCACGCUCCUACAUUGAGCUAAAGCAAGAACAGGAAAGAAUAAUGUACAGGAGAGCACAGUUCUUAUUAAAAACAAAGUCUCAGAUAAGUAAUGCAUCACAAGGGAGUGAUAUUUUAUUCCCCAGUGUCUCUUCUGAGACCAGGGACAAUGAAUGAAAUUUAGGUUACUGUUUCUCCUGACGUCAAGUGAUGUUUUGUUGUAUCAGAUUCCAUCUUUUAAUUUGCUUCGGAAGCAUUUUGCAAAGGUAACCCUCAUAUUAAAAUAAGAAAAAGAGUUAUUAAUCAGGAACUGAGAAGUCUAUUAUUAUGCUGUUUCUAGUCCCCCCUCCAGUAUAAUAUAUAGGAUCUUUCACUGAGAUCAUACAGUGGGAUUUUAGGAAUUAAAAGUCUCUGACAAAAAUAGAACACCAUAUAAUAAUGCACUUGUCAGGCUGUUUUCCCAUUUGUAAUACAUAUUUUUCCAACCGAAUCACGAUGUAUAUAAUCAUUAAACAGGCUGCCAUUUCUCUUGUUCUUCUUGUAUAUAAAUAAUGUAAAUACAACAAAAUUGAUGGUGAAAAAUCUCUCCCAGUAAAACGCCUUAGAGCAUAAUGGAAAUAUCCAUAGAUGUUUAAUCCCAUUGUGCUCUUAAAAAAAACAUCAAGUGAGAUUUGUAAUUCACAACAGCAACUGUGUGUUUCUCUGCAAGUCAGCCCUAAACAUACCAGAAGAAUCGAGCUGUUUGUGUCAUAAUCUUGCUCAAGAUGUAAAUACUUAUAGCUCACCAGCGACAAAAUUUAACUGAAGCUACAGUGCUGACCUAUGUCAUUGAAUGCAGUAAUCCCAGGAACAAAGUCUUUGAGUUUUAUAGCAUUUAAUAUUAUUACUAAGAGGUGACUAGCUGCAGAUCAAAUGAAAUAUGCAUGAUGAGAUGCCAGUCAUUCCCUACCAUCUGUUUCCAUGUUUUUACUUUACCUCAGAUAUGAAACAGAAUUAAAAGAGGCCUGUUUCCAGGGGACACCCUACCAUUACUUGGCAAAUCGAAGCUUCGGCUACCCAUUCACAUUCAGCAUUUGGUUCUUUAGAAGGAGCAGAAAAUAUAUGGUCGUGGGAAGUUGCCAAUGGUGAAGAAAAGAAAAUAUCAUUUGAGUCAUGGAGUGGGGGGUACUGACAGCUUUAUACUUUACUGUCCUCAAUCAGGAGGGACUUAAGACUUACUUAAUCAUACGUUUGCCAUCAUGACACACAUCAUAGGAUUGGAGAAAAUUUUAAAUAGGAUAUGAAAUAGCAGUUAAGGUCCCAAAACACACCCAUGUAUAUUCUUCAUCCAUGUGUGUGUCUUGGUCUAGGUCCUGCUGAAGUCAGUGGGAGCACAAUGGGUCAGUGAAACACUGAGGUUUGGCACAGGUUUCUGUGGAGAUUAAUGACAGAACUCCCAUUUAUUUUAGAGGGAAUGAGACCAGUUUGCACAACAGUUCAGGAGGAAAACUCCAGAGAUUAAAAAAACCCCAACAACCUAUUUGUUUGAUUUCAUGUGUGCUUAGAGGUAAAGAAAAGCUAAUCUCAAGGGUUUCACCUUCCCUCCUCCCCUCCUUUUUAGUACUUAUUAACAGUUAUGAGCCAAGGAAAUUCAGAAGUUCCCAUCACAUUCACCAAUGCUUCUCUAGAUUCAUUUCCAGAAAUACUAUUACUUGUUGGCAUUUCUGGAGCAGGUUGCUCGAAAUGCCAGAAUACACAAUGGGUUUGUGAUUUGAAUGAAGGCCAAGGACACAAACAUUGUCCUUUCAAUAAGGUAGAGUUAGUUCCUCAACCGUUGCUGUUUGGCCAAGCCCAUGCUACAUUGGUUUUCUUUUCAACUGUCUUUAAAAUACCAUUUGAAGGUGUUCUGAUAUACGUGCUCUUGAAGAAUAAUUCCAGAACAUUAAAAAAGGCACUUUACAAGUAAUGAGGGCUCUAGCAUUCUUCAGCCUGCAGUAGGUAAAUAUGCGCAUGGAGCAUUUCUGCAGAAGUCUAAACUCUUGGCAGUUAAUUAUGUGGCAGAACUACAAAUGUAACCAGCUUUUCACUCUUGUUCUUCUAAUUAGAGUUGGACAAAAAACAGAGACAUCGUGACAAAAAAGGGACACAUUUUCCAUCCAAAAUGCACUUAAUUUCAAAACUUCGAUCAUCUGUAGCAUUGGCUUCAACACAAGUGCUAUACAUCCUUCUACCUUUGUGUCAGCAGUCGUUAUAAAAAGAACUGGUAAUUAGAUUAGUCCUGUGAGCAACAGUUGCUUAUCUAAGAAUGUGUUUGACAGGCUGAGCCAUAAAUAAGAAGCUGUAAAUGAAUACAAGGAGAAAUCAAGAAUUACCAAAUAAAACCUAAGCUUAUUUCCAUGUUAUGCUAGCUAAUAAAUCCAGAAGGUCCAUCCAUUCUCUCAGUGUCUUUCCAUUAAGUUAAUGCUCAUUUAUUUCAUGUAUGACUUUAUUUUUUUAUCCCAAAUUAUCGCUUGAUUCUAAAGUCCUUGUCUGGCAACAAAAAAAUAUCACCCUGCAGUUGGGUUGAAGUUGGUUGAGCAAACCUGUGAAAGCAUCUUGCCUGUUCUGCCUAAGCCAGGAACAAGUUAACUGCCCAGGAGGCACCCCUAUGUGGUUUUGUACUUGGCAGCACACUGACUGUAAGCAUAUCAACAUGUUUUACUGUGAAUCACUGUAACAAAGUUGCUUGUAUUUUACAGGAGGCAAUACAUACUGUAGUCCUUAUGCUAAAUAAACCCAGCUACAAGUCUUAAGAGCACAUUAGUAUGAAACCCACAUGCUGUGUUCCAGCUCUUACUGUGAAGGCUGGGGGCCUAAAGUGAUUAUGCCUCUUUACAGUGUAUUACCCGACUUUUUAGUCAAAUUCAGUUAAAUUAUGAGUUGAUUCAAAAGCUGCCUGCUUCCAGUGGCACAGCUGAUAGCUACCAAGUCAGCUAUCACUCCAUUUUGCAUUUAGCAGCAUGUGCAGUCAACAAGAAAGUCCCAAUAAAAAAACACUUUGUGCUUUUAUGAAGAAAAAGGUUUGAAUUGCCACUGAUAGUGGUGCACAUCUGCAACAGAGGGGCUUGCAUUGCUCUUUCUAUUACCCUCUGUACAGUGCAGUACUAUGUACAGUAUGAAAUGAAACAGCGGCAGCUGUAUUAACUUUGAUUAAUAAAGUGUUAGUCUCCUUGCAUUUCCGUGUGCUUCUUAUGGUACAGAAAGACUGUCACACGUGCGUAGGUAUGCUUGACAACCUGGGGUCAGUCUGAGAAGUGAGCAGCAGCUAAGGCAGAGUUUGGGCAAUGAGCAUUGCUACCUGAAGCAGGCUGGCUGUGAUGGAAAGUAUAUACUAGGAAAGAAAACCAUCUCAGUAUAGAAAAAUAUAGGUAGCAAUUCAGCAGCUUGUAUAAGGAAACCUCUUUCUUGCAUGUUGUCCCAAGAGUCACAGUCACGGUUACUUGGGAUAUAACUUUAAAAUAUUUUAACCAUUCAAUAUUUUAACCAUUUAACCAAAGAAUCAUCAGAUUUAGAAAAAAACAGGAAGGAUCCACUGAGAUUGAGAAAGAGAAAAAUCCCUGAUAAAACCAGCAUUUCCAGGGGAAGUGGUAGAUUAAAUUACUUGCUCCAGAAUCUUUCCCUCCUCUGUCAUCCUGCCUCAAAAAAAAUAACAAAAGCAACAAAAAUCACUUGGUGAGUGGAACACUAAUAAAUGAAGACAGAGCCACAAGGCUUCUUUAACUAUACAUCAAGGAACAUAAUUUGCAAGGUGAGUUGGAAUAAUUUGUAUUACACUAACAUUCAUUACAGGUCAAGGUCUUAGGGAAAUUUCUCUUUAGGGAAUACAUAGGACUUGUCUACAUUUGUCCCUUUAUAUUUUUUCCACUGUAACUCAGUACUCCAGAUUUCCAUAGUCAGAGGCUUUAGUAGUGUCAUUCAAUAGUCCAAGGCCUUACCAAUGCCCAAUUAAACAAUAAAAAAGAUCAUGCAGAACCGAAGCAUGGAUUUACACAUCAUGAGAUGCACAUCUGGGAAGGAAAGCUGGCAUGCUCUAUUCAUUCAUGACUUGUGUGGGUAGAGUUUAACCGGGGAUUCAGGCUGAUGCAAAAGCAAAGACUUUUGCUGUGGAAGGUUCUCAUUCCUACUGCUAUAGCUCUCCUCUGCAACUGAAGUUUCAUAGGAAUCUCUCUAAACAAAAGCUUUCCACUCAAACAGUCCUUUAGGCUACAGACUGAGAGUAAAAGUUCAUUUUAGGCACUUACGGAAGUGCCUGAAGCAGCAGCCUCGUCAAAAGAUCUGAAUCAGCACUGGGGAUAUGUAGUCCUCUCUGGGGUUUAUUUUUUAACUAAGGGAGCCUGGAAUGAGCUAGAUCCCUAACUCAGGUGUCACAUUUAAAGGCCAGUGUUAGAUGAAUUGGAAUGUUAUUCUUCAAUUGCACAGAAGCACUAGUAUCUACCAGCCUUAAUGUUAUUUGUCCUUUGCACAUCUCAUUCAAAGUAAGUAGGGACCAAGGAAUAUAAGGCAGCACAAAGAAUCCAGAUCCAGAGAAGCCAGCUUGUUCUUGGUCCAGGUCAGUCUGAAACAAUAGAACAGCAGCAAAUACAAAGUUCUUGGCAGUUCAUGCCUGACCGUGAAAUAGUCCUGUUCCAUACAAUUAUUGAUCUUUUUGCUUAGAUAACAAGACUAGGAAGUUAAAACAAGAGGAAAGGAACAGAUACUUUUCCUAACAAAGCUAUGGCAUUUCAUAUCCCUCUUUUGGGUUUGCAACAGGCUGAAAUCUGGAGCAGAUAAUCCUAAACCUACAGAGAUUUCAUUGCCUCUGUAUAAUCAGAAAUUAAACAACAAAGUGACAAAUGUGAGUUCAAAGACUGUGACACCAAUCUCUGCUCUCAUGUCGGUCACUGACAUUAACCCCUAACCUGACGAGUUGACUCUGACCCAGGUAUCGGAGUUUCACCAUUUUCACAUUCAUUACUCACCAUUUUCAUUUCUACCAGUAGUUGCCACAAUAGUACAUGGCCCAGUUUCUUCUGUGUUAAUAGUUAAUUUUAUGCAAGAUUUGACAGUCAAUUUAGUAUCUAUCCAAAAGGUGACAGGAAUGCCAAAAACAGACAAAAAAUAAGGAAAAGAAAGCACCCAAGUACAAUGCGUUCUGGGAUGGUGGAACUGUGGUACCCCAUAGGCACAAAGAGUGCAACCACCAGAAAUCAGACAGAGCUGAAGGCAUGGAACUAGAAUCCGUGACAGUGGAUGAACAUCACCCCUGUCAACAAAAAUACACUUCAAAUAAUCUAUUGCUUAAACUGAAAAUGCUUAACUCUAGAUUUACGCAUUCACCCAUUUACCACUUCCUCUGUGGCAUUUUAACGUUCCCAUUUCAGCAUUACUAACGCUCUCAGUGUUCUCAACAUAGCAGUGAUCGUAUAAAAAACAGGAAAGUGAAGACCUUUUUCGAUCCAAAACUUGUACUUCACUGAAUCAAUUCAGCUCUGUGCAUGUUCUGUCUUGUCCUGUAACAUUAUAGAGUGUAAGUCCUUAGGACAGGAUUCCUUGUUUUGUAGCUGUCAGUCACUAUGUAAAAUCAUACACCAUAAAUAAAGGUAAAUUUCUACACCACAAAUAGAGUCAAGGAGAUUUUUGCCUGUGCUGCCAAACUGAAAAUGUUCUGAGUUUGGCCUAUUGAUUAUUAAGAAUAAAACUAGAUCUUCCUCCCUU